AUUCAAAUUCGACAGCAGCAGAACAGGAUAAAGAAGCUGGAACAUUCAGUGAAAACACUAAAAUCCCAGCUGAAAUAAAGCAAGGGAAGUCACCUUCAAGGCUUGAUACCUUUAUUAAGACAUUGGAAGAGGACAGAGACUACUAUAAAUGUGAGACUGGGAAUUUGCUGAAGGUAUUUAGAAACGCAUUUUCAAGUUCUAAGCGAACCUCUACUUGUGGCAGCAUUUCUGAUCCAAAAGUUUUGAAAAUAUUGAGAGAACGUGAAGAACUUACGUCAACACUGAAAAAAUACGAGCGCCAUGUGGCAGAAAUUCAGGGUAACUUCAAAGUUUUAAUAGCUGAGAGAGACAAAAUUGACAAUCUUUAUGAACAGGCACAGGAAGAGAUUUCCCGACUUCGUCAGCAAGUUAUCAAAUGCCCCAGGACUCCUAAAAGUACUGUGACAGCUCAAGCUAUGUUAAGACAUGUGGAGAUAGAAAGGGAUAUGGCACUGUCAGAUUUCCGAAGGAUGACUACAGAACGUGAUAGCCUCAGGGAGCAGUUAAAGAUUUCCCAAGAGACUGCAUUUAAUGAAAAGGCUCAUUUGGAACAGAGAAUUGAAGAACUAGAAACUACUAUUCAAAAUUUAGAUAGUGAACGGUUAGAACAGAUGUCCAAAGUGGCGCUAAUGAAAGACACCAUUGAUUCUCUGGAAACUGAGAUUAAAAGAUUGGCAAGAAGAGCGCUGGACUCUGAAACUGAGCUGAGCCGACAGGAAGCUGAAUAUGUUUCACUUAGUUUGUUGAAUGAAAGGAUAGAAAAGAGUCUUUCAGACACUCAGCGAAGCCUUGUUAAGAAAAAAUAUGAAUUGCAACUUACCCAAGAGAAAAUUGUGCUUUUGGAUGAAAAAAUUGAUAACUUUUCAAGACAAAGUCUUGUACAACAAGAGGAGAUCUGUGCUUUGAAAGAAACAAUUGCACAACUUGAUAAAGAGAAGGCAUCUUUGCAAGACUCUGUGGAAGAAGGAAAAGAGAAGAUUGCUGUCUUUGAGGAAAGCCUGGCAAUUAAAGAGAAAAUAAUUUCAGAUUUCAAGAUUCUGAUUUCUGAGUUGGAGCGUUCCACAAAAAAAUCUGCUGAAGCACUCUGCAUCUGUGAGAAAGAUAUCACCAGUUUGCAUCAACAGCUACAAGAAACCAACAAAGAACUUGCACAGACUAACAAGAACAGAGAAUCAUUAGCUCAGGAGACUGACAGGUUACAAGAGCAUCUUUCUAAUAUUAAGCACGAAAAUCAGGUACUACAUAAAAAACUAGCGAAGUGCCAAAAUGAGCUUGAUGAUAUGAAGGUGAAAGCCCGAGAUUCAAACACAGAUACUGUCAGGCUGAAGGGCAUACUGAAGGCUAAAGAGAGAGAGAACUGCGAGCUUUUGGCGAAUUAUCACAAAGCCCGUGAACAAGGAGAAAGUUGGGAAGCAAAAUGCCACCAAGCAGAAGCAGAUUGUAGCUCUGUGAGACUGGCACUGAGCAGUGCGGAGUCUGAGAACUGCAGGUUGAAAGAAAAAAUGGAGUCCCUUGAAACAGAGAUGGAGCAACAUUUAACAGAAGCAGCAAACAAAUCUACGAUUUCUGCCUUAAGCCAGUCUCUUGUGAAAAUGGAAGGAGAGCUUCAAAACAUACAUUGAGAGAGAGUCUGCAUACUUGCAAAUCUCACAUCUGCACAAGAACUUUGCAUUAAACUGGAUGCAGUCAAAGAACGGUUAAAUCAGCAGUUAACUUCCACAGCAGAGAAGGUAGAAAGCCUGCAGAACAGGUGUAAGUCAUCCCAUUCUGAAAUACAGCUGCUGAAAAAACAACUGGGAAAUGAAAGAGCAUCUAUGAAAAACCUGGAAUCUUUGCUUAUGUCCAGUCGUGAGAAAGAGUUGCAGUCACAGAUAGCAAAGCGAGAAAAAGACUCUGAAAUUCAGUUUCUCAAGGAACAGCUUUCUUUAGCAGAAAAUGAACUUGCCGUGCAGAGUCGAGAUUUUACUCAGCUCAGAAAUAGAGCAGCUCAGCUAGAGUUGGAACUGGAUAUCAUGAAAAGACAGCUGGGGACUGAGCGUUUUGAAAG